AUGUCACUCAUUAGAAUGGAAUCACAAAAUAUAGAACAAAAUGUUCCAAGUACAUAUUCUAGUGGUGAUAGUCCGACGACACUUAUCUAUGGUUUACCAUCUCUUUUCACAUCUGAGAUUUUAUAUGACGGACCUAAACGAUGUAUACUCAAGACAAAUGUGGAUACGAUAUCUUCUAGCGGCACUUCAAAUAAUAUGAAUGGAAGCCAUGGAACAGAUACGGAUUCCACAGGAUUGUGCCACAAAGAGUGUUUUUCUGUCCCUCAUAUUCGUGAAUUAGCAGACAGCACAAUAAAGGAAAAUGUGGCUAUCUCUCAAAACAACGAAACAAGAGGAUCUUGUGAUUCAGUGACAUGUUUUUCAGAACACGAACUGUCCGACAUUCCUUUGAGUUCCAAUGACGAAGACAGAGUGAAUUUUGAUGUAUCGGAUAUCUCGAAACAAUUGGUUCUAUUGUCCCCUUUUUCUGGAAGAAAGCUCACAACUAUCCGUUCAGAAAGCAAUUAUGUCCCAAUAACGUCUAGUUUUCUGACGGAAAAGGAUAAUGGUUGUGUUCGAUCCUCGGAUGUAAUGCAGCAAAGUACGUUACAGCCAAAACAUAUCACUGUAACAAUGCCUACUGUAGAAGAUGGUCUCUCAAGUGGCAGUGACGCAGGUAGCCCGUGUCUUACUUCAAAAUCUCACGUGAAGGACCCUUCAUUCGAUAUGCGCUCGUUUUCUGAUAGCCCUGAUUCAGUCACAGACAUUUACUGUGGUAGACCUACCAUUAAUUCAAGUUCUGGGAGUCUCGAUGGAGGGCAUUUGCUGAACCCUGCCAUAGUGCAAGAUAUUUCAAACGAUAUCAUGGAUAUUAAAAGGACUUUGGGUGCUUCUGAUCACGCAAAAACAUACAUUCCUACAUGUGAACAAAAUGUUGUAAAUGCCGUAACUACGAGCAAAUCAAAAGAACAAAAUAUCAAUCCAAGAUCUGACAGAGUAAAUGGCUGUCAUUGCAAUGAAAUGAAGACCGGAUUUACACCUUCAGAUAUAUCGCAUGUUAAUAAAAUCUCUUCCUCUAACCGUAAUUGGGAUAUGUUUGGUGAUCACGAUAAAGAAAAAAACACUGUUCAGGCUGUUGUAGAAUGUACGGAUGAAGGUACAUUUGACCAAGCUUCUUGUAAUGCUACUGAUAUUAAAAAUAAUAUUCUGGAAUCACCUAUUGAUUCAUAUUCAUACAAACAAAUGCAUCAAUGGACAUUCCCUGCACAAGUACAUACUGUCUAUAGUUCAAGUGAAGAUGAAACUUCCCAUAGAAGUAAUACUAGUAAAUCUAUUCCUAUUAAAUCUGAAAUUAAAUCUCGAAAUAAUUCAGAUAAAGGACAAAAUACAAAAUGUACAUCACCAUUAUCAUUGUCAUCUUCGUUUGACAAUUCAAAACAAAAAAGUCAGUUUAAAGCAUCAACUAAUUCAAGUCAUUCAGGUGCGGUAACAAAUAAAUUAAAUUCGAAGAGUGCAACUCGUACCAAUGUUAAUUCUGAUGAAGUUUAUAAGUCACCCAUUUCACGACAGUCCGAUCGUCGAGACGGGGAUUUCGACAGCGAUGAGGAUACAGCUCAACUAUUAGAUAAACAGUAUCAAGCUGAUAAACAAGUUUAUAUCCCAGAAUUGAAAGACAAGUCUUGCAUAGAGGCUGAUCGUCAACGUAGAGUUCGAGAAGUCUCUGUUCGACAUCCUGAACAACCAGAUGUUCUCAUACAUGGAUUAUUGUUUCGAGCUCAGUAUAUGGGUAGUACUCAAAUUUUAUGUAAUAAACAGUCGACACGAAUGUCUCGUAUGCUUCAAGCUCAAGAAGUAGUGAAUCGUAUCAAGGGUGCUCCAGAUGACGAAUCACAUCCUAGUGUAACAGUUGAAUUGUUUGUCUCAACAGAACGUAUUAUGAUAUUAAACAGUAAUCUUGAAGAUAUCUUGAUUGAUCAUAAAUUACGUGCAGUUUCAUAUAUUGCUGAUAUUGGCGAUUUAUUUGUUCUAAUGUCACGUCGAUUAGAUCCUUCAACACAAUCAGAAGAGUCUGAAAAUUAUUUUACGUCUAAUUAUCAGAAUAAUGAACUGAAAGAAAAUUCGAAUUAUAACUCCGAUAAUAAUAAUAAUAAUACUAAUUCUAGUUUACCUGAGCAACAACACUCAUUAGUACCACUUAAUUCAAAUAUUUCCAGCGUUACAAAAUCAACAAUGAUAGAAAAAUUAAAAAAGCCAAUGAAAAUGAUUUGCCAUGUAUUAGAAUCAACAGAAGCUCAAUUAAUUGCUCAAACAGUUGGACACGCAUUUCAACUCGCUUACUUAGAUUUUCUACGAGAAAAUGGUAUUGAAGAUUUAGGCAUUAUCAAACAAUUAGAUUAUGAUGAUAUUUUAAAACAACAAGAAAUAUUCUGUGAUGAACUUUCUUUAUUUUGUGAUAAAGAUAAUCAUAAAGAGGUUACUAUACCUAAACAAAAAGGUGAAUCAUUAGGUGUCGUAAUUGUAGAAUCUGGUUGGGGCAGUCUACUACCAACUGCUUUAUUAGCUAAUAUGCAUCCAACUGGUCCAGCUGCACGAUGUGGACAACUGAAUAUCGGGAAUCAAAUUGUCGCUGUUAAUGGGCAAAGUUUAGUUGGCCUGCCACUUUUAACAUGUCAACAGAUAAUUAAGAAUUGUCGGCAAUCUACAAUCGUAAAAUUAAUGAUAAUCAGUUGUCCACCUGUUGUUGAAGUACUUAUUCGUCGUCCUAGUUUAAAUUACCAACUUGGUUUCAGUGUACAAGAUGGUGUAAUUUGUAGCCUACUUCGUGGUGGUAUUGCUGAACGUGGUGGAAUUCGUGUAGAUCAUAGAAUUAUUGAAAUUAAUGGUGAAAGUGUAGUUGCUGUAUCACAUGAAAAAAUUGUACAACUUCUGGCUACUUCAGUUGGUGAAAUACAUAUUCGAACAAUGCCUACCUCAGUCUUCCGUCUAUUGACAGGACAAAUUAUUCCUCGGUAUAUAUGA